AUGGUAGGAUUAAAUGUUACUGGAAAACUAGAUGAGGCCACUAGAAAAAAAAUGUCACAACGUAGGUGCGGUCUCCCAGACAUUCAAGCUGUCCGCGUUUCCAACAUCGAUUCAAAAUGGAAUAAAACACACCUGACCUACACUAUUGAAAACUAUGCCAGCACUGAAGGAAUAUUGCCAGAGCAAAUCAAGAAAGCUAUACAAGAGUCUUUCGAGAAAUGGGCAGCAGUAACGCCACUGAAAUUCCAAUUAGUUAAUGCGAACAGCGACGUAAACAUUAAAUUCGGUGCUAGAAACCAUGGUGACAGAUGGCCAUUUGACGGCAGAGGUGGCAUAUUGGCGCAUGCAACACUGCCAUACGUGUUAGGCGAAAAAUUCCUUCAUUUUGAUGAUGACGAGUUAUGGACCGUCAGAGACGUUGCAAAAUUAAAGGAAGAAUACUCUGACAUUGUUUCUGUGGCAGCACAUGAGAUUGGCCACGUUCUCGGUUUAGAGCAUUCUAACGAUUAUAAGUCUCUAAUGGCUCCUUUUUACCAAGAACCCUUAGAUGAUCUCGGAAACUACAAAGAGCCAGAACUCCGUGAGGAUGAUAUCAAGAGAAUCCAGGCACUCUACGGGUCAAACUCAAACACACCAGGAACUCAGACACCUCCUUGGAACACACCAGGAACUCAGACACCUCCUUGGAUCUCACCAGAAACUCAAACACCUCCUUGGAUCACACCAGGAACUCAGACACCUCCUUGGAUCCCUGCACAACCAACGAACGUUCCGGUAAUCCCACCACGACCAAACUGGCCGUCCGGACCAUUCUGGCAUAAUGGUUAUGGAGGACCAUGGAACAGUCAUCCAUUUUUCCCUCCGUUUCACCCUUUUUAUUUUACGCCCGGUUGGGGCUAUAUACCAAGGAUUAAUUUCGGUUCAGGAUUUGGAUAUAGUGGCUUUCCCAGAUUUGGAGCUCAUUCGGGUUUUGUUCCAUUUCUUUAUCGAUAA